AGGAUUGAACUGGAAAUGGCAAAAAGUGGGAAAAUGACCGCCGAUCCUUGUGGAGGGAAAUGUCAACCGAGGGGUGGGGCAUGCGCGGAAGUAAGGGAUCGAUCGAAAACGCGUGGGCGGCAAAUACAGCUGGUAAAUGAUGCUGUAUAUAAAAGUAGGAGUACCGAAGGCUCAACAGAUUGUAAAGAACCCUUCUUCCUUCCAAGAAACUCAAUUCUUUUAGAGGCAAUCAUGCUGGUAUUAUUGUUCUUAUUGAGUACAUGGUCGGAGAUGUGCCAUUCUCAGAUCGUGUACAUGCCCAGGUAUGUGGUGAGGCCAGUGCGACGCUCAGCUAUGGAGGCACUCGAGAGGCUUAGGUUACCUGUCACCCGAUACUUCCCUCAGGUGGACACACAGGCUGUACCUUACCAGAGUGGUCCUACAUUUAUGACAGGAGAUGUACCACCGAAUCAGUGGGUGGAUGAUUAUGCACCUGCAGAAGACGAAGAGGGGGAUUACAUCAACUACGAAUAUCGGGACUACAGACCGCCUACGCAAUACGGAGAGGAAGUCUAUGCCCAGGAACCAUCUGAUGUCUACAACAAUUUGAUGGAUCGUUAUUUGAUGGAGCAACCGAAGGAGGAUAUGUUCGAUGUUCCAAGGCGUCGAAAUGAGGAUCAUCUCCCCGAACCACAAAAUGCGACUACUGCUGCACCCACACAAAAGGUUCAGAUGACGGCCGUUCCACCUGCACCCGAGAAAAAGGAUAUGAAAUCACUGGUGGUACCAGAUCAGCGGGCAGAGGAGAGGGAGGAGGAUGUAUCUGGACAGAAAGAGGAACCUCUCUUCAGGCCACUUCAAAGCAGCCAGAAAACCAAAUGGAACAACAACAAGGCAACCCAAAAGAGUCCCAUACCACUUCUGAAGAAGCUUAUACAGCAUGGUGGACAACAACAACAACAACAGAAAAGGUACGAUGACCCUCUACUCGAUGAAUUGACCAACCUGAAGAAAAAGAAGCCCGUCUUCUAAAAAAAAGAUGGCCGAAGAGAUCCUUAAGAUAUUCCAUCUUUUAUUUGUAUAAGUUUUCUAAGUGAUGACCUGUGGGGAAAGUUCUUAUAGUGGAAGAAUAUUCUUCUCUUUUUACCGAGGCCCAAGAGCACUGAUGGGCAAGAGAUAAUACUCUGAUUCUAUUCUUCUGUCUAGUCCCCUUUUGAGGAUUUCCUCCCCCCCAUCCAUGUGUGACUAUCUUUUCAUUGUGAAAUGUGUCGCUCAAAAAGUGUUGUCCAAGAAUUUGCCUUGAUGUUGUAAAAUGAUCGUCACAACAGUUCAUCGCAACGCUGCAAUGUGAUAAAAUUUAUGUCUGAAAUUCUUCCCCCCCCCCGGAAGUUAUUAUGAUUCAGAGGGAAGUCACACCGAACAAGGGUCUAAUUUUAAGAUAUUAUUCGGAAUGACAGUCGAUGUUUUCUUAUUUCGAAUAAAAUAUUUUCUUAAAUUUUAUGUCGCCGAUUAUUAAUUCUUUUGCAAUGGACUACAUUUCGGUUUGCAAGGAAUGAACUGGGUAUUGGGAUUUCUGUCCAAAAAGUAAUAAAACUAAAAUACCCUUGUUGGAAGAAGCGUGAAAGCGCGUUGCGACGAACUGUUGGGGUCCACAUUAGAGAGGCUGAGACAAAGCUCAUUAGGAAUAAGUGUGUGCUUGACUUAUACCCUGUCUAGUCAUUCCUACAAUUUUUUUUUUUGCAGCACAAUGUUAGUGACAAAACGCACAGUGUCAUGUAAUGGACUCGUGUAUUAGAAAGCGUCGUUAAUGUUUACGAAUAAACGUGAUUGGCUCAAUGAAGAUGCAUCAGAGACCUCUUUCAAUUCGCAACUUUAUGACGUCAAUUUUCUGCAAGACAAACAGUCCGUCUCAAAUAGAUCAUUUUUUCUCAAUUAAUUCGUUCAAAAAGAAAAAAUAGGUUUUAAUUUAAUAAUUUUUUUUUAACUGCAACUCUUUUUGUUCUUCUUCUUACUCAUAGGUUUUAAAGGUCUUAUUCUUGCGGCACAUGGUUGCAAUAUGCUUACAAAUGAAAAAUUUUAUAAUUUCUUUGAAUGACAUACUCCAGGAUAUCACUCUAUACGUAGAAUAGAGCAGGGCACGAAAUUUCUACUCGCCAUGAUUAUUCUUAAAUCGUGGUUUUCGUUCAGGACAAAAUGUCUCUUAUGGACGUCGGUUCUGAACUCUUAAGUCAACCUUAUUUUUAAUUUGGUUUGUGAUUUUUAAGUUUCUGAAAAUGUUUCCUGUUUGCCAAUGAUUUUCUUUAAUGACAAUGAAAAAAAAAACAAUUUGUUUGUCGCGUGAGAUUUUUUUUACAGACUUUAGAUACUUUCGUAUCACUCAUCCGAGCUACAGCAAUUUUUUGAAUGACAUUUUUAAUCGCUUUUUAUCGAAAUGAAUAAGUUUAAAAACAUUGUAUAUAGCAGGGAACGACGCAAAUGUUGCGAUACGCUUCUUGGAAAGUCAAGGCACAUCAUCAGGAUUAAAAUGGCAUAGAAACCCAUGCCCGUAAAUGGCAUGGUACGUCGCUAGGGACGAUCCCACUAUUAUAAAUGGCUCCUUCGUAUACCUCUCAACAGGCUGUAAUAGGAUCAUAAAUCAUUUUUUAAACGCCGCGUUUUCUUAAUAGCGUGAUUUUGAACCAAGUAUAGUAUCCAGUAAAGCCUCUAUAUAGAAACAUUCGAUAGCAACCAGUGGAAAAAUUCGUUAUCGAGGAAAUUUAGUUAAUAUUGUAACAAAACCUUUAGUUUGUGUGAUAAAUUCAAGAAUAUGACUUUUCAUUAAGAAUGAAGUGAAUACGUAACAUGAAAGAGGUGAUGAUGCAUCAUUAUGUGCAUAUAUUGCAUUCAUUCCAAUGAAAAUCCUUGAAUGAGUGCAAUACGUAACAUAGGCUGGUUCAUCAAUUCAAAUUUUCUUCAAAAAUGACGAAAACAGAAAAGAUAGAUGUCUGGAAUUACUUCGUUUUAAUGGGAAAUUUUUUGAAGGGUAGUUAACACUAUCCAAAUGAAAAUUUGGUUACAGGGUUAAGUUUUCUGUUUGAAAAUUCAGUUAAAACUAUAGUUCGUUCACCAGGAGUUGGCACUUGACUCCACCUCCUCGGACGAAGAGUUCAUUUCGACUCCAGAGUACAAGUAGAAAAGUGUCCGCCCUUGAAAUUGAGACAACCCUUAUAGCGCGCCAAACGCUUGCAAUGAAUUUUUUUUCUUUCAGUAACUUACUUCGCUUUAUCAUCUGCUAUUAUACCUUUCGUUACUCUAGCUAAUUAAAUAUAUUACAG